GCGUGUAGACAGCAUCUCAGUUUCUACGGCGUUGUUGCAUCGUAUCUUUGCAUAGAUUGACGUCGAACGAGACCGAAUAAGUGAGAGCUAGAACGAGAGAUAGAAAGGAGAAAGACAAAAAUUCGACAGAGAACCUGUACAACAGGACAUCAUUGUCGUCGACUAUUACUAACUCCUUAAACUUUACACUUAUCGAGUAAAACUUGAAGAGGACGGAGAAAAGAAACCUAUCUCAGACGAAACAACAAACAAGCAAAAACCCACCACCACCACCAACACGUAUGAACUUUUCCUCUUCGUGCGUGACUUCUUCCUGAAAGAGAGAGAGAGAGAAAAAGAAUAACAGGAAAGACAAAUCGCGGCUCGUUGAUUACAACCAACAACAACAACAAAAACUCCCAAGAAAAAAGAAAAAGAAUAAAUUAAAUUCAUACACCGUUUACGGUUACCGGAAGGCGGACUAUAAGGCAGAAAGGAACCCACCAGGAAUAAAUAAUCGAAUUAUGGCGCCUAAUAUUACGAGCAGCCCAACAACUGGGGUUUUAUUCGAAGGAGAAAAAUUGGACGAUCAGCCAGUGGUUGAUUUGCCCAAGGAAAAAGAAAAAUAUAAGAGACGUAUAGUUUGGAGAAAUGUCACAAUAUUUGCCGGUCUUCACAUUGGUGCUCUUUAUGGUUUCUAUCUCAUAUUCACAUCCGCCAAAUUGUUGACCACGCUUUUUGCAAUUCUACUCUACGUAUGUUCUGGAAUUGGUAUUACAGCAGGAGCUCACAGAUUAUGGGCACACAGAUCAUAUAAAGCAACGUGGCAACUCCGAUUAAUUCUUAUAAUAUUCAACACUAUAGCCUUCCAAGAUGCGGCUAUCGAUUGGGCAAGAGACCACAGAGUUCACCAUAAAUUCAGUGAAACUGAUGCAGAUCCACAUAACGCGAAAAGAGGUUUCUUCUUUUCUCAUAUCGGUUGGUUACUCCUCAGGAAACAUCCGGACGUUAAGAAAAAAGGUCAAGGAAUUGAUUUGAGCGAUCUUAAAAGCGAUCCCAUCGUUGCAUUUCAAAAGAAAUAUUACUUCAUAUUGAUGCCUACGUUGUGUUUUAUCCUGCCAAGUUUAAUACCGAUGUACUUGUGGAACGAAUCUUUCCUCAAUUCUUAUUUCAUUCCUGUUGUAUUUCGUUACGUCUUUACUUUAAACAUGACGUGGCUGGUUAACUCUGCUGCUCAUCUUUUCGGAAAUAAACCUUACGACAAAUACAUCAAUCCGUCAGAAAACAAAGGAGUAGCAUUAAUGGCAAUGGGCGAAGGUUGGCACAAUUAUCAUCACGUAUUCCCAUGGGAUUACAAAACAAGCGAGUUGGGUAAUUACAGGCUGAACCUGACUACCGCGUUUAUUGAUUUCUUUGCGAAAAUAGGCUGGGCCUAUGACCUAAAAAGUGUCUCACAUGAUAUGGUUAAAUCGCGGGUACUCAAAAGCGGAGAUGGUACACACGAUGUUUGGGGUUGGGGUGACAAGGAUCAAACGCAAGAAGAAAAACAGCACGCCGUAUUCACGUAUACUACUGCUUCUUCGACGAAAGAUCAAUAACUGGGUUUUUUUUUUUCUAUCUCUCUCUAUCUCUCUCUCUAUCUUUCUCUCUAUUCGUCUCCGUAUAUUUGUUUAUUU